CGUUGUGUUUAAGUGCGCAUGCGCAAGUCUACACGAACAUCACAUGUGUCAAUUUCAGCAAACCUGUUACAGUACACAUGUUGAUGUUAAAUGCUUCUAGCAAAUGGACACAUACAUUGAUCUCUGUCGAUCUUUCGGUGUGCCCCUCUGGGUGGGGCCGUUGCUCCAUGCGGCCUCAAGGUUAAAGACAGACCGAGAGAAACGAAGAAAAGUUUACCGUUUAAUCCAGCGGCAGCUAAUGAACAACAGGAUCGGUACCUGCACAUGUGACAAAUGCACAUAUAUUUACCCAGCUAAACUCAAAGAGAUGAUCCGAACAGCAUUUCCAAAGGACAUAUGUAACUAUCCCGAUCCCUGCCACGAAAAUGUAAGCUACAAUUUAGAUUUUCAGCCCUGUAUCACCUUUAAAUCGCAGUAACCUGACCUUCAUGUUUGUUGCAGGUUGUUAAAAUCAGUAUGGACGAUUUGAAAAGGAUGGAGUUUACUUGAUCUGGCAUGGAUUGACCCGUUAAAUUAAAUCUGAAUUGUUCAGAGCUGCAUAUGCAUUUCUAUAAUAUAUAAAAUAGUUAUAUGUUCAUAAUAUUAACAUGAAGUUAUAAUUGUGUAGCCUAAUUAUGGCAAUGUAAUGUUUAAAAAGCAACGUGGUGUUAAAGUUCAUACAAAGUUUGAACGUUUGUUAAUGCAAUCACUUACCAUAUACAUGUGCUGUUUGGUCUUUUACUACAAUUCCCAGAAUCCCUGGGUUGACGCAUCACUGGACGACGUGCAAAAAAAUAAAGUUUUGUUUAAAAAAUUAUAAAAAUGUCGAAUUAAUUAUUAAAAUCAUGUUGAUGUUAAAACGUUUGGUUUUAUUGUUAUUGUAAAAAAUAGGUUCAAGUGUGCUUCCCUAUGCUCCGGGUAACUGAUUGGCCUGCUGGACACCAUGGCAACGUACACAAAUUACUCAAAUACCUCAGUAGUGCAGUUAUUUUUGUUACUGGCUAUAUAUAACAAGAUAUAACAUAAUUUAAGGUAUGUAUGUAGAGAGUCAUGUUAUAGAUAACUACUAUUUUGUAAUUAACCAACCAUCGCUUAAUUCAAAUGGAGAAAAGCUAGACGAUAUGCAUAGUUUGCAUACUUGCACUGUACGUUGCUACACGUCUAACAAAAUCUUUUUUCCACUAGUGCCAUUUUUGAGGACUAUUUUGAUUUUACGCUUUAAAAUGCCUUCAGAUGGAAAAACAGACAUGGAACGGAUUGGUCUCUUUAAAGAGCUGGGAUACAUUUCCAUAGGGACCAAAUAUACACCUUUUAUUUACCGCCCAUUUAAUGAAUCGGCGUACAAGAACAAACAGAUGUUAUCAGGAGGGCAUAAGACAAAGUGCGCGCUCCAAGCGGGUUACUUCGACACGCAGUUUAAGCGCAUCUUUGAGAGAGAGGCGCUUACAGACCCCAUCAAAAUACAGAGACAGUACAGAAUACAACAAGCCAAGAAGAACAUCGACAAGGCCUUCCUGCCCAGUAAUGGAGAGAAGAAAAAAUGUGGUGUGGGCAGCUAUUAUGGAACAAUUGGAGGUCCUAUUCAAGCUAUGAGUGCCUUGCAGGUUCCCAGGAAACCAUACAAGUCACCUGGAAAAAACUUCUACACCAAUCCACCUAAGAGAGGAAGUGGUUAUGGCUAUCCAGAUAUCACACUGUCCAAAAUGAUGUCCUAUUCAUCAGACCCCUACGGUCGAGCAAAAGAGAUGCUAAAGCGCGAGAUCAUGGCACACAAAUCCAUGCUGAAAGGGGGACCAUUUCGUUUGAACCUUCAUCCGAAUGAAUGCUUUGACAACAAUCCUUACAAAUCUGACAAACCUGACAAACCUUUACCAACUCCAAAGAAGCUCGAGGAGAAAAAGCAUUAUGCAGGGCCCUUUAAACCAAGUUCACCCAGUAAAAAGGGUGGAGGUAUGAAAGCAGGAACAUUUGACUCUUACCCAACCCACUCUGCCGAGCCCUACAUCACCAGAAAGACGAAAUCAGUGAUGACAAAUAAAGAAGGAAAGAUAUUUCACCCCUCCCCUGGCCCAAAGAGCACCCCUGUCAAGAGCAUAAUCCACCUUAAUGUAAACAGGUACUGUAAGCUGAGGUCUAGCAACAAUAGUCACAUUAUUAAAAACAAUGUCAGUAAUGUUGUACAUAUAUGUAAACACUCAGUUUGCUGGUCAAAUGCAGUAUACAUAUAG